GAGGAAAUGGACGAAAACAUUCAGAUUGGAGAUAAGGGGAAGAAAGUCAAGGAUCAGCCACUGAUUUGUUGCAUGCAACCGAAUUGCUCCCGUGUCAACAAGACUGAAAGAAUUGAAUUCAUAGUAGUAUGAAUAUGUACAACAAAGGAUAAUAGGUGUAGUAAUAGCGUCAGGUUUUGCGGUCAGAAAGACGACCGCCCCUUUUUCUCCACCACUAGGGUGGCGUGGCGGUGGAGGGUUGUCAGGCCCCGCCAUUGAUUCCAUUUUCCGCCCGCCCUUCUUUCUCUGCCGUUGCCAGUUACAUCGGGGCUCGGAGAAAAAAGUGCGGCUCCAGUUUUCCUCGAUCAGAUUCGCCAAUUCCCAACUACUCACUGAAAAUUGAUCGGAUAUAAACUAAUCAUCAAGCUAAAUAUAGAAAGAAAGUUGCAAUCUUUUUACCAGGCUGUAGGCCAUACAUAAGAAAGCUGCGCUAUUGUACUGGUGGACCAAAUGGGUGAUAAUGAGAUUGGGGACGAAGAGGAUCUCUCACGUGUUAAAUCUGAUGUGGGGAGAUGGCCUGUUUUCUAUUAUGGGGUCGGUCACAUGCUUAAUGAUAUCACUUCUUCUUGCUGGUUUACUUACCUCUUACUGUUCUUGGCAGACAUCGGACUCUCCCCAAGAGAUGCUGCAAUAGUCAUGCUUUCAGGGCAGGUAGCUGAUGGGUUUGCUACCGUUUUUACCGGGGAACUGAUAGACAGGUUUGGACGUUUCAAAGUAUGGCAUGGUGCCGGAUCGGUCUUAGUUGCAGUUUCAUUUUCCUCUGUUUUUGGAGGUUGCUUACCCUGUCGAAUCUUCAGUACCUGUUCUUCAGUGGUGGAAACCACCUCAUACAGUGUAUCUGCUGCAAUCUUUAAUAUGGGUUGGGCUGCUGCUCAAGUUUCACACAUGUCCAUGGUCAACUGCAUCUCACUAAAUUCAACCUCUAGAGUAGUCCUGACAAGCUGCCGGAAUGCUUUUACAAUGGUUGCAAAUCUAAGCCUCUAUGCAAUUGCCUUGGUAGUCUUCAGUGUUAUUACCGGAAAAUCCCAUGCUGAUAUUCAGAAUCAGGCGUACCUUGCUUUUUAUGUUAUUCAAGAUUUGCGCAUGGCCCAGUCAGCUAAAGCUUUGGUUCCUGCAAUCCUCUAUAUCAGCAGCUUUGUAGUCUCUAUCAUGAUGCAGGAAGUAUCAUGGACUGGCCGACGCCUGAAAGCUUACUUUUCCAUCGGUGGAAUCCUUUGGAUCUUUUGUGGUGCAAGCAUCAUUCUUUUACCUUCCAGCAUGAAAGUUUUCAUGUACGUCAUAUCGGCAUUCAUUGGCGUAGCUAAUGCUCUGAUGAUGGUAACGGCAGUAAGCAUGCAGAGUGUCCUGGUUGGUUCGGAUCUCAACGGCUGUGCUUUCGUUUACGGAUCCCUGAGCUUCCUUGACAAGAUUUCUUGUGGGAUUGCACUUUAUGUUCUUCAAUCAUUUCAAAGCGGGGCCGCACCAGUAGCCCCAGCAGUAGAGGAUGGCCUAUCUUCUUCAGGUUAUGUUUCAGUAACAAGAUAUGGUCUAGGUCUGGUUCCGGCUGUUAGUUCGCUUGUGGGAGUUGGCGUGACAUUGACAAUGAAGCUCCAUACACAUUCAGGAUCACUCACAAAGCCAUUGUUGGAGUAACUCAAAUUGCGAGCACACGCCAUAGCUUCCUUCUGUUCCUGUCGUUUGAACUAGUUCAUGGAACCAUGAAUUAACCACCCCUCACAUACAGGAACCAAGUUGGAUCUUUGACUCUGUACAUUUUUGUUGGAACACCUUGCAAAUAUAUAUAUGUUAUCAACCCAUAUCAUUGUAAAGUUACAUCAACAAUUUGAAAGAAGAUUUGAAUUGUUCUCAUACUCGCAAAUCCCUUUGUCCAUCAGGCAUCAUACAUGAAAUCCUUACAAAGUAACAUCUUGAAAACUUCUUUUGAACAGCUCUCGUACAACAAUCACGAAUCAGUUCUCUGUCAUCUUCGUAGAAGAAGGUAGGCGGGAUACGUGAGAGAAGCGGACGGCUGAAAAUAGCAAACCGUUUCUCUUACUAGUUUUGUACAGGCAGGAAUCAGUGUUCGUCAUUUAUGAAUGGUUUAUUGCAGAGCAAAAGGAAAAUAGUCCUUGUAAAUCUAUGUUGAACCAUGUCAAAGUCCCUUUCAAAUAUUAAUCUUAGCUUAAACAAAGCAUUGUGUACCAAGGCAACCUAUUGCUCUCGUCCUACAGAAA